AUCAGUUGCAAGGGGAUGACCGAGCGCAUUCAUAACAUCAACCUCCACAACUUCAGCAAUUCUGUACUUGAGACCCUCAAUGAGCAGCGCAACCGCGGGCACUUCUGUGAUGUGACUGUUCGGAUCCAUGGAAGCAUGCUGCGAGCUCACCGGUGUGUGCUGGCCGCUGGAAGCCCCUUCUUUCAGGACAAGCUGCUCUUGGGCUACAGCGACAUCGAGAUCCCCUCCGUGGUCUCAGUGCAAUCCAUCCAGAAGCUGAUUGACUUUAUGUACAGUGGAAUCCUGCGAGUGUCCCAGUCAGAAGCUCUGCAGAUCCUCACUGCUGCCAGCAUCCUGCAGAUCAAGACCGUCAUCGAUGAGUGCACGCGCAUCGUGUCCCAGAAUGUGGGUCUGGCAGGCCCUGGGGGGUUCCCUGUUAUACCAGGAGACUCUGGCCAGGAAACGCCCCGCGGUACGCCAGAGUCUGGCACCUCCGGGCCCAGCAGCGAUGCAGAGUCAGGUUAUAUGCAAGUAACAUCUCAGCAAAGUGUAGAUCGGGCGUACACGUCACUCUACUCCUACUCUAGCCUGUCCCUGCAGAACGGCACCCGCGAGCGCCCCCUUUUUAUUAACCCUUUGUCUGCAAAUUAUGACGCGAGCACCCAGAAGAACCAGCAGUCUCAAGAUCCGCCCUGGAUAAACCGCAUCCAGGAAAGAUCGCAGCAGGUCGAUCGCUUCAUGUCCACCGCAGAGUCCACCCACUGCCGCAAGCAACCCCGACCGGUACGCAUACAGACAGGAGGGAUGCACAUCAAGGAGGAGGCUGAAGACGAGUACACCUGCUAUGACGACAUGGGGGACUGCCAAGACGACACCGACCACAACGAGGGGGUAGAGGGCGAGUCCAAGGUUGAAAGUUUUGACUCAGGGGUGAGCUCCUCCAUCAGCACGGAGCCGGACGCCAUGGAGCAGCAGUCGUACCUGAUGAGCUUCGGCCGAGACGGGGGCGGGCAGCAAGGUGACGGAGCUCCAGUGCAGAUAAAGGUCAACGACUCGUCCCCGGAGCAGAUGCAAAAGACGGAGGACGGGGACACGUCCCACGGCACUAGUGACAGUAGCAUGAUGCAGUCCCUGCCAAACUCAGUCAAACUCAGUCCCAUGUCGCAGUACAUGCGCCAGAUAGAAUCACACACCAGCAACCUGAGGAUGCCGCUCACCGUGACCAGCAACUCCCAAGUGAUGGGCACCGUUGGAAGCACCUUCCUGCCCACACUCUUCCCCACGCAGCCGGCUAGGGACCACAAGCCUUUCCUUUACCUUCCUGGCCAGCAGCAACCCCAGUUUGUGGCGGUGCCGCCCCCUGCAAUGCCAUCAUUCCAAAACCCCAUGUCGGUACAGCAGGUGCAAGCUCAGCAACAGCAGGCUGCAGGAGGGAUCGGCCCCGGGGAGAAGAAGCCCUACGAAUGCACUCUCUGCAGUAAAACCUUUACUGCGAAACAGAACUACGUCAAACACAUGUUUGUCCACACCGGUGAGAAGCCUCAUCAGUGCAGCAUCUGCUGGCGCUCAUUCUCCCUGAAGGAUUAUUUAAUUAAACAUAUGGUGACACACACAGGGGUGCGGGCCUACCAGUGCAGCAUCUGCAACAAGCGUUUUACCCAGAAGAGCUCUCUCAACGUCCACAUGCGGCUGCACCGUGGCGAGAAGUCCUAUGAGUGCUACAUCUGCAAGAAGAAGUUCUCACACAAGACCUUGCUGGAGAGGCACAUGGCCCUGCACAGCACGGCCAGCGCCAUCACGGGGCUGACGGCGAGCGUGGGCCCCUCGGGCCCCGUCUCCAUCCCCAUGCCUAUGGUCGUCCCUGAGCCCGGAGCCGCGGUGGUGGCCCUCGCCAUGCCAGUGAGCGGAGGUGCUGGAGUCGGGACCGGGGUUGGAACGGGAGUGGGUGUAGCUGCUGAAGCGAGCUGCCAAGAAGGGACCACCUACGUGUGCUCUGUCUGCCCUGCCAAGUUCGACCAAAUGGAGCUCUUCAAUGACCACAUGCGAAUGCACGUCUCCGAUGGAUAAGUACAACAAAAAAAAAAAAAACGACAACAAAAAAAACUUUUUUUCGUAAAGGAUGACAAA